AGAAGCAAUGUUCCAGUCGGUAUCGCCGCUGGCCGGUGUCGCUGCAGCGCCGAGCCAAAUUGCCGCACUUCAACAGAUACAAGCGUUGAUGACAUUUCAAAUGCAGCAGAAUAAUUUAUUUCCCAAAAUUGACACUAUAUCGAAAUCGCCAACUCCAGAACUCGCAUCUCCAUCGGCAAAACGAAUGAGACUUUCUCCCAGUACGAGUAGCCACAGUGAUGUCGCAUCAACUUCGAAAGGAACAAAUGGGCAAGAUCAGUCGAAAAAUUCGCCGACAAAUUGUGAGUUUUGGAAAUUUUCAAAAUUAAAAAAUAUGUAAACUUUCAAAAUUCAUGUUCUAGACCAUUUUUUCCCCCCAAAAAAAAGUCGUAUCAGAUACAUUUUUCUGAUUUUCCCUUGCAAAUGUGUUCUUCCAACUGAAAUUUCCCUCAAAAUUUUUCCCUUUCCCUUGUUAUUUGGGAAACUGAAAACCGCCGAAUGGUGAGAGUGUGAGCGCGCGUGUGCUUCUGUUAGCUGCAUCGACUGGUGGCUAAUUCAUAAGCCCACUCUCUUUUCCCGUCGAAUUUUCCCACGUCGAUCGAUAAUUUGAGCAGUGCCGACGGCUCAGCUCAGCUCUCCCUAGACUUCUUGUGUGGAGCUCUACGAUUUCUUGAUUUUCUAAUGAUUUCUCUCUCGAAGCACGAAAAAUUCGAGAAUCGCUUGAUGGGGAACUUGUUUUCAUUAUGAUUUGGAAAUCAACGGAAAACAAAAAGGAAGAGACCGACACAGUUCUGUGAAAUAAAUAUAGAAGUGAAUAAAAAUAUGCAUAGUUGUCCAUAUUCAUGUGGGAACUUUUGGUGCUCAUCUCUAUUUGACAAGAGACCACAAGGAAUCGAGUUACGCAGAUGGUUCACUUCACACGAAUAAUGAUAGAAUGAAAUAGAUCAAAGACAGAGAGCUAUCAAGGAAAAGUACUGUACCUGGUCGACAGGUGCCUGGAGGUACCAUCAUGCUCUUUGAAUUGAGCACACAGUGGACAAUGGCCGUAGUGCAAUUUAAAUGAGGUGUAUUAGUCAAUAGAGAAGAUAGUAAGAAGUUCCCUUUGUAGGUUGACUCGACAGAUAUGAUUUAAUUCGGAUGUCUCCAAGAAUCCAGAAAUUCCGAUUUUCCAUAUAUCUGAAUGUGCACUCUUCCCUAUCAGUCAUCCCCCGAGAAUUUUCCCCAACCAACCAACCCAUCGAUUUUCACACGAAGAUUCACACUCAUGAAUCACUUGAGAUCCUCUUGUCUUAUCGUUAUCCCAUAACUUUCUUGACUCUUCUCGUGUGAUGAGAGGCACCACCACCACGACGGAACGCAACAAAGAGAUCACCUGUGUAUACACAUGGUACAUCGGGAAGGCAACAAGUGAGGAUUAAGAUUUAAUGUAAAUGAGUGAAAGUGAAUGAAAGCGACCGUUACUAUAUUAGGAUGGUUCAAUUUUGAACGUCUUUGUUUCCAGAUGCCACUCAAUUAGCGUUCACCUAUUCAGUCAUGAAAUAUCCGAAGAGCUCAACGCUCUCUCUCUCUGAUUGGAUACUCUGACUCCGCCCAUCUACCAGUUUGUCUUUCUGUGUGCUUUUCCAUCAGAAAAAGCUAUAGACUAUAUGAAGAAGAGAAAGAAUGUUUUCGUGGAGGCGUGGCGAUUGUGAGUCGCAGAAGGAAGAAAACCGAAGUGAGGAAAGGAAAGGAGAGGAGACUAUUCGUUUUCCCACCCGCUCUCCUUUUCAUUGUGUGCUCUUCUUGCUGACAGACGGCUUCGUUCUUCACAAACCCACAGCCAGCCCCACCGUCGGUUUUUCCCCCACAAUAUUCAGCUUCUACUAUUCUCGGUGGGAAUCUUCGCAUCGGAUAUCCCACGACGAGAGCGGCUUCUGCACCGCGAAGACCCCCCUUCAAGACUCGACUUUCACGCGCCACCCAUCCACAUCGGUCCCAUCGUCGCCCUCAACGCCAAGACACUCCGGGAUGGAUUAUCAUCAGUCGUCUUCGGUAGCUUCUUCCGAGUCGACAGCGUCUACAGUAGCCGCGGCGGCGGCUGCUGCAGCUGCUGCAUCACUCAAUCAGCAUCAUCAUCCACAUCUAUAUUGUGAUGAUGGACUUCUAUCGAGAAGUUUAACUGAUAUGGUAUCAUCUGGUGGAUAUGAUAGCUCAUCAUCUUCUCUAAGUGCAGCUGCAUCAAUGUGUUAUCCGACUCCUGAUGCAUAUUACUAUCAUGCUCCACCACCACCACCUCCUCCACAAGCACAACAGGGAUUCAGUUCAACAGACGCGUGGCUUCAAAUGCAAAUGCAACCCACGUAUCAUAACUUUGGCAGUACUGUCGUCUCUACCAAUUCCCCACUUCCAAGCCACCUUCUCAGUUAUGGAGGACAACCAGCAUUUGCUGAUCCAUUCUACACAAUCGGGCAGUCAACUCCAAACACAUCAUCAUUCCUGGACACUUCAAAUUCAAGUUUUGGAGCUCCGUCAACAGUGGUUGCCAAUCCGAUGACCAACUAUCAAUUGGCAUUUCAAGCGAAACUCGGAAGUCUUCACAGUUUGAUUGGAGAUUCUGUUCAAUCGUUAACAAGCGAUCGAAUGAUUGAUUUCUUGUCAAACAAGGAGAAGUACGAAUGCGUCAUAUCGAUUUUCCAUGCCAAAGUUGCCCAAAAGUCAUAUGGAAAUGAGAAAAGAUUCUUCUGCCCACCACCAUGCAUUUAUCUUAUUGGCCAAGGCUGGAAACUCAAAAAGGAUCGUGUCGCUCAACUGUACAAAACACUCAAAGCUUCAGCUCAAAAGGAUGCUGCAAUCGAGAAUGAUCCGAUUCACGAGCAACAAGCCACAGAACUCGUCGCCUACAUUGGAAUCGGAUCAGACACUUCCGAGCGACAACAACUUGAUUUUUCAACGGGAAAAGUUCGACAUCCUGGAGAUCAGAGGCAGGAUCCAAAUAUUUAUGAUUAUUGUGCCGCGAAGACUCUGUAUAUUAGUGAUUCGGACAAGAGAAAAUAUUUCGAUUUAAAUGCUCAAUUCUUCUAUGGAUGUGGAAUGGAAAUUGGAGGAUUCGUAUCACAAAGAAUCAAAGUAAUCUCAAAACCAUCGAAAAAGAAGCAAAGUAUGAAAAAUACGGACUGCAAGUAUCUUUGUAUUGCCAGUGGAACCAAAGUUGCUCUAUUCAAUCGUCUCCGGUCACAGACAGUCAGUACAAGAUACCUUCAUGUUGAGGGAAAUGCAUUCCAUGCUUCCUCCACGAAAUGGGGAGCCUUUACUAUUCAUCUUUUUGACGACGAACGUGGUUUGCAAGAGACUGAUAAUUUUGCAGUUCGUGAUGGAUUUGUUUACUAUGGAAGUGUCGUUAAGCUUGUUGAUAGUGUUACCGGAAUCGCACUGCCAAGAUUGAGAAUCAGAAAGGUCGAUAAGCAGCAAGUAAUUCUUGAUGCAUCGUGUAGUGAAGAACCAGUCUCUCAACUUCACAAAUGUGCAUUCCAAAUGAUUGACAAUGAGCUCGUCUAUCUUUGUCUCAGUCAUGACAAGAUUAUUCAACAUCAAGCCACAGCUAUCAAUGAGCAUCGUCAUCAGAUCAACGAUGGAGCUGCGUGGACAAUCAUCUCGACUGAUAAGGCUGAAUAUCGAUUCUUCGAAGCGAUGGGACAGGUUGCGAACCCGAUUUCUCCAUGUCCAGUUGUCGGUUCACUUGAAGUUGAUGGACAUGGUGAAGCGUCGCGUGUCGAGUUGCAUGGAAGAGAUUUUAAGCCAAAUCUGAAAGUUUGGUUUGGAGCAACCCCGGUUGAAACGACGUUCAGAAGUGAAGAGAGUCUUCAUUGUUCGAUACCACCUGUGAGUCAGGUUCGAAAUGAGCAAACUCACUGGAUGUUUACGAAUAGGACAACCGGCGAUGUUGAGGUUCCAAUUUCAUUGGUACGAGAUGAUGGUGUCGUCUACUCGUCGGGUCUCACAUUUUCCUACAAAUCAUUGGAACGACAUGGACCGUGCAGAAUUGUGUCCAAUUACUAGAUUCCACUCUCGCGGGAUUACUGUAUCUUUAUAUUGUCUCCUAAUUUCUCCCAAUUCGUUUAAAUUUCCACCCCGGGUCCUGAAGCCUUCAUUUCUACAUUUUUUUCUCGCUUCCAUAUGUAAUAAUCACUUUUAACUUACUUCAUUUUCUUGUUGCAAUACUUUUUGUUUAUUUUCUUUUUUCCUUCUUCGGGUGGCUUUUCCAUCAUUUUGUUCUUGGAUUUAUUAUUUGCAAUACUUUGCCGUUUCUCUGUGUCUCCCCCUUCUACAUUCAUCUCUCAGCACUCUCUAAUUACAGUAUUUUUGAGAAAAUCCUGUUGAAAAUGUUUCGGAUUGAAUUAUACUGGAUUUUUCUCUGUUCUAAUUAUAAUCAACGCGCCCUCAUAUUAAUUAAGUAUAUAGAUACAUAGAUAUAAUUAACAUUCACACGGUGGUAUCUCCCUUUUUUUUCGGAUAAUCUCUUCAAGUUUUUCCUUUUCUUUUGUCUCCAACAUUUUCCUUACUGAACAUAAAAAUUUUGAAAUUAA